AUGAGAUCUAACAGAUAUGGGAGGGCGCAUCAGAGGACCACUGAGGUCUACAACAGUGUGGUCCAGUCGUUGACCGGAGUCUAUCUACAGGCUCAGAAGAUGCAGGGCUUCACGAACGAUAUAAGGUACUCUCCAGUGGACAUCAGAUUUGAGGGUCUCACUAUGACCCUGAAAAAGGGUGGCAGAAAAAUUUUGGAUGAUGUCAGUGGAUUUUUCCCGCCGGGGUCGUUGGUGGCAGUGAUGGGACCGUCGGGAGGCGGUAAGACGACGUUCAUGAACGCCUUGGCUAAUCGAGCGCCAUAUGGAGAUGUGACGGGGAAGAUUUGGGUUAAUGGUUUUGAAGGAAACUUUGGAGAGUAUCCGAAACAGGUUGGUUUUGUACCACAAGAUGAUAUUAUGUUUGACCGUCUCACUGUUUAUCAAAAUCUCUAUUAUUCUGCUAUGGUUCGCUUGCCAGAAGAUAUGCCCCGUGAGAAGAAGUUGAAGAUCAUCGAGGAUGUCAUUCAAGUUUUGGAUCUCGAGCAAGUCCGACAUACCAUUGUGGGGUCGCCUGAAAAAAGGGGAAUUUCUGGUGGUCAGAAAAAGCGUGUUAAUAUUGGUAUCGAAUUGGUGGCUUAUCCUCGUGUAUUAUUUCUCGACGAACCGACCUCUGGUCUGGACUCUGCUGCUAGUAUGGCUGUUACUAAGUGCUUGGCAAGAAUGAGGGCGUUGGGAAUCACCGUAGUAUGCGUUAUACAUCAACCACGUUAUGCUAUAUUCAAACAGUUUACUCAUUGUCUGUUACUAGGCAAGGGUGGAAAGACUGUGUAUCUUGGUCGGACAAAUGCGAUUCAGGAAUACUUCACAAAUCUCGGCUUUUCCCUGCCCCCUGGUGAAAAUGUCGCCGAUUGGUUUAUCGAUAUUGUCACUGGUGCACUACUCCGUUGUAAUCCUGAUGAUGGUACUGUGGAUCGGCACUUCGACGCUGAUGCUCUGUUCGAUGCAUGGAGAGAUCAUGUGGAUAGAAUGACCGACCCUUUCCUGGAGGGUGGGAGGGCUCCUAAGUUGACUCAUAAGAGGGUGAAUGGGACGAUGACCAUCACUGUGGGUUCAUUUGGGGACUCCAGUGACAGUAAUAGAGUUCAGUCUGCAGAUGAAUUGGGUGAUAGAUUGUCGGAUAUUCUCAAGGUCCAGUGCGACCAUGUUCUUACUGCCCAUGAUAUUUACAGACUAUGCAGACUUCUCGAGAUUGAAUGUAGCAUUGAGGAAGCACAAGGGUUGCAUCGAGUGAUGGCUGCGGAAAAUGAAGUCUUGACGUGCUCUAAUUUCGCUGCUGCUAUGUAUGGCGAGGCUUCCGAGGAGGUUUCUAUACUCAGCCAUAUGGUACUGCCCGAUUGCAGUCGUUUGAAGAACCGGCAGAUAGCCUCGGUAUGGAGACAGUUUUUGAUAUUUACCAACAGGAACAUCGAGCUAAUUUCAAUCCCCCAGCUUUUCCUGGACUUGUCUCUUACCUUUAUGGCAGCAGUUAUUAUCGGUGCGACAGUUAGUGGUGACUCGGAGUACACGUUGGUGCCUAAUAAUCAGAUGGUUGGUUUGUUGUUCUUUGGCAUAAUGGUGGGCGCGGGUGCACUCCAAGUGUAUGGCAAGGAAAAGCUGGUGUUCCAUCGAGAGUCGUCAUCGGGUAUAUCCAUCUUUUCCUAUUGGUUGUCAAAGAGCGUUGUGAACUUUUUCGAUAACAUUUUGGUGACUUUGGUGUUCACAUCAACAUGGUAUUUGGUGACGACGCCUUCUUACAACAUCGCCCAUGGGUACGGUAUAUUCAUCUGCUUCACGUGGUGGGUUACUGGAUUUGCCCAUCUGGUCACGGUUGUCUUUCCUACAGAGAUCGCCCUACUAUUGUCGGUUAUAGUUCCCACCCAGUUCGUGACAAUGUUCGGAGGUGUAUCGCCGCCUGUGACGUCAUUGAAGACCUUCCAACUAUGGGCUACUUAUUUCGGUGUGGGAAUUUACUCGGUGGAGUUGCUGAGUUUGGCGGAGUUCACAGCAUUGCCCGAUAAUGUGUUAGAAAUCGACGAAGUAGUGAUGCUAUUCGAUGAUCUAGAUUACACAACGGAUCAUAUCCCUCGGGAUUUCUUGGUCCUCGUUUUUGUUGGGCUGGCCUGGAGGCUUCUCACUCUUGCCUGGUUGGAGUUUAUGCUGUGGUGGGGGCAGGCGGACCUGCGGUGGAUCGCGGAUAAGUUUAAGUGCCGAAAGAGUUCAGCAACAUCAGAGGAAGAUAUCCCUAGAGGUAUCGCGGUGGAGACAGUCCCGAUGUCGAAGGAAGAAUCUGCUGGUGUGACCACUCCCGGGGAGAUUGGUGCCAGGUCAACCACUUCCCCCCAAUAA